AGUGGAGCUUACACUGAGCUCAGUCUUUAGCCGGACCUUGACAUGCCUGCACUGUGGAGCAAUGUGCAGCCAACUCUCUGAUACUGUCUGACACAGUGCCUGGCCAGAGAGAUUGCUGCACUGGGCCCGGAGUAAAGUCACGAGGGAAAGAAACAACCUAAUGCCUGCACAGGGGGCACCCUCAUUCAGGCUGUGAUGUUACUGAUGCACGGCUGAACACGAGGAGGGAGGAGUGGUGGGACGGGGGCCGCUGGCUGAAGCUCUCUCACUCGCACACCACUGCCUGCCCAGUUGGCUGGAUUUAGUGCUUUGGAGGGACAGCAGUAAUGGGAUUGCCUCUGAGACGGUAAAAUGAGCUGGCUGAACCUGCGACAACGUGAUCUGACGUGAUAUGGCAGGCAGCUGAUAGUGGAUGCAUUUUCUCUUCUUCUGUUAUCAGUGAAUGGAGAGAGUGGCAGUAUUUUAGUUGGUUCAUAAUGUAGUUGAUCCUUCUUAAGUCAGAGAUAUUGAUGCCUGAAUAAGUGCUACCAAACGAAUUUGAGGUCAUCUACAGAAGUAGGUGAAAUCCUGUGUCCACAAUGUCCAAGACAACUCUCAGCAUGUCUACGGACCAAGUUGCGAGCACAGUUCCUCCACCCCACAGAGAGGCCCUCUCUCCAGAGAGUCUUUACAGCUCGUCUCUGUCGCCUUCACCGGACUCCCACAGUAGUGUUUCAAACCCCCGUGACCGGGAAGCCAACAGCUCCCCUGAGUGCUGCCUCAGCGACACCUCCUCCUUGGAUAACCUGUACAACACCACCUUACCGAAGGAUCCUUUGCUCAGUGAUGUGAGCCUGAACCUGAACCAAACAUUUAUUGCCACACCUGUUAAUGGCAGUGUGAAUUUCUGGAAUGACAACUUGAGUCUGAUGAGCAGCCAUGAAUCAGACAAGUACCACACUUUCAGUGAGAACACGGAGGAUGGGAGUAGCUGUGCAGUGAUGUCUCCAGACUCUGUUGGGAGCCGAUUGAGUUCAGUUGACACUUCCCGUAGAGGGUCCCCUGAGAAUGACUUCUGCUCCCUGAGCUCUGGGGAAAUGGUAAUUAGGACAAACAGUUUUUGCUUAGAGGAUCAUUCCCUGUUUGUCUCUUCCCUGGAUGAGUCAUCCAUGUCUCUGGCUGCCGGCCAUUCAACAUUUCCCACUGAAUCUAACCUGCUGUCAACCACUCUGCCAGAUGUCUUUGAAAAAUCUUCAGAAAAAGUAAUCGAGGAAAACAUGGGCCAUAUGUGUUUUGGCCUUACUUUCACUGAGGAUAUGCAACCUAGUGAAGAAAAUGAUAUGGCUACAUCCAGCCCUCUUGUAGCUCUGCCAGCUGAGAAUGAGGGAGCUCUUUUGAAGACCUUUGUCUGUGAAAAAUCUCCUGCAAAUUGCGGAAAAGAAGCUCAGAUUGUCGGUGCCCAAAAAGAGCCAUUGCUCCGUUUCACUGCAGCAUUCACACCAGAACAAGGCGAUACCUUUGUGCACUCUCCGUCGGUUAUGCAAGACACUGAUCAUGUUAUCCAUACUUCCACUCCAGUACAAAGCAUUGGGAACAUGAUACCCAGCCCCCCCCUCCUUUUCAGUGUCUCCCUUUACUGAGAACACAGGAAACCCAGGACACAACCCUGUUAAACGCCAGCAAAACUCUGCAG